GAUGAAGAAGAAUGCUCCAAAUAUAUCAAAAGUAGCAUCAGAUUUGAUUCUGGCAUAUCAAUAGUUAACGAGACAACAAAAAGAAAUUGUCAUUUCCCCAAGAUAUGAAAAAACUGCCUUAUAUUUUCCACAAUCACGUACUCAUAUAAUUAUGUACAUUAUGCAGCUAUUGAAGAGAAAAUUGAUGAAGAAAAUUAAAUUGAUAGUCCAAUAAAAACUAUAACUGAAGAAGAAGAAGAUUAUUUAUAGGAGAUUUCUGAACUUAGAAAAAUAGUAGAUUAAAGUAUAAAAUAUAAUUAUAAGCAGUGAGAAUGAAAUACAUGAACAUACCCUAAAAAUAUUUGCAAUAGCCAUUGUAAACCAAUAAUUAAAAUACAAUACAAUCUACUCAAAAUAACAAAACUAAAAAAUAGGUGGUGAUAACAUAAUACUAAUCGGAUUUUUUAAGACAAUAAUAUGGAAAAAUUAAAUGAC